CAUGAAGGACUUCAGCCAGUGCUGUAAAUUUAUUCUUACUCUCGGGAUUUCAGACACUUCUAACGGACUGAUAACCAUGGCACAGUGAUGGCAGAGACACAGCAGGAUUUUAACAUUGGGAAGAUGCUGAUGGGCAAAAAUGAAUCUUGGCUGUCUAAUUUCUCCUCUGCUGCCUCCUCCUUUGUGAAAGGAGGUGGCAACUGGGCAGGGAUCGGCUUCCAGGAGGUGGUCAUUGGGCUGAUACUAACCCUCAUUGACUUGAUCACUCUUCUGGGAAAUACAAUAGUCUUCAUCUGCCCAGUGGUGGAAAAGAGGCUGCGCACCGUCACCUAUAUGUUUAUCAUGUCCUUAGCCAUGGCAGAUUUCCUCGUAGCUUGUCUGGUCAUGCCCUUUAGUAUUAUUUACGAGGUGACGGGGAUGUGGUUGUUUGGGAAGCUGUUCUGCAAAGUCUGGAUCUCCUUUGACGUCAUGUUCUGCACUGCGUCCAUCGUCACGUUGUGCUUCAUUAGCCUGGACAGAUACUGCUCCGUGGUGACACCAUACCACUAUUCCAGAAGGAUGUCCCGAGGCAGAUGCAUCGUGAUGACCUGCAUGGUCUGGGUGUACUCCUCCCUCAUUUCCUUCCUUCCUGUCAUGCAAGGCUGGAACGAGAUCCCUGGGGUGGACUUUGAUGCGGGCAGGGAAUGCAUCUUUGUCACCAACUGGAUUUUUGCCAUCGUGGCUUCUGCUCUGGCAUUUUUCGUCCCCUUCAUGGUCAUGUGCAGCAUGUAUUUCUUCAUCUACCGAGCUUCACGGCUCAAGGCCACGCGUAUCAUGUCUCAGACUCUGGAGAUUCACUAUCACCCCAACAGCAAGCGGCAGAACCAUCUGCAGCUGGAGAACAAGGCCACACGGACCAUUAGCAUUAUCAUUUCAGUCUUUGUGCUCUGCUGGCUGCCGUACUUUGUCCUGAAUGUCUGGCUUGCUGCCAGAGGCACCGACUCCACCAGCACGGUCUUGGUUGACACCUUCAAGAUCAUCACUUGGUUAGGGUACUGCAAUUCCACCAUCAACCCAAUGCUCUAUGCCUUCCUGAACCGGGACUUCCAACGGGCCCUGAAGAAGCUGCUCGUUUGCAGGCACAGGUCUCAGGUGGACAUUGGAGAAGACAUGGUUUCCAUAGCCACCUUCUCCAAGACUGCUCCAGACCUAGAAUAUAGCAUCACGGUGCCAGUGCCCAAUGGUGCCCUGAAGGGCAAACCCAAGUAAUAGGGACUCAGAAUCAGUUGGUGGAGGUGGUGGUACAGAAAGUGCCAGAGCACAUCCUAAUGGGGAAAAAAAAAUGGGUAGGAAAACAGGGGAAGGAAGGCCUGGAAUAUUACAGCUGGGGCAAAUGACAGGUCCAUUUCUUCAUCUUCCACAGUUCUAUUAAGGAGGAACUUUGAUAUUUUAGGCAUAAUUUGUUAGAACUAAUGGAGCUAAUUCCUUCCUGGGUAAUUAUUUUUUUAAUGAGCAUUUCCUAAGACAAAAUCAAUCUUCAUGCUGGAGAAAAAAAUCAGUUAUGAUAACACGAACUUGUCUUUGUGACAUCCUGCUGAUCUGCAAUGUAAGGUGGGACAGUAUUUCUUUCUUAUCAAGCCAUUGUAGCUCUCAUCUUGCCACUUACAUUACAGAUUUGAGCAGUUUUAAUAACUCCACGUGUGUCAGUCUGUGCAUGUGACUUAGGAGGGUUGUGGUCAAAGAGCAGAGGUCACUUCUUUACAGAGGCGCCAUUCUGCUGUCUGGGCUGCUGCUCAGGGUUCAACUCACUUGCUUCUGAAAUAUUGAAAGGUUCAGGGCUUUCAUUGGCUUUCUGAAAUUAUCUGUGAGUUUCCUUAUUAAUUCUGGAAUGGAAUUUCCCGUGUGGCAGACCUCGGGAGAUGGGAAAGACUUGCUCUUACAGCAAGAGCACUGAGUGCCCAGGGGUUCGCAGGGGACUACAGGUGACCAAAACCAGCCAAAGAGGGGAUGUGAAGAAGAAUUAUUAUUUACUUGUGUGUUUUGCAAUGUGAUGUCUGUGCCUUGAAGCUAUGAGUGUAGCUAUAGAGCACUGCUGGACCAUGCAGCCAUGAAAAAAUGAUGACUAAUGGGAUUGAUUAUUUUUACCAAGUGCUUGUCUGGACUUCAAACAGCAUCGGCUCCCUGCAGGAGGGCCAUGGAACACCUCUCUGAAGGAUUACCCCGAAAAGGCAGGACUGCUCUGAACAUCUCUGCAGCAUCUGAACAGUGAGUAAAAGGAGGAGCUGAGUCCUCGGGAUCACAGCUUUUCUGUAGCAUGUCUGGUGACUCCUCAGACAACACUUAUCACUCCCCCCUGGCACAGCUCUGGUGAGGUCUCAUGCUCUUAGACCAAUCUUCUAUGGAUAUGAAACACCUCAAUGAUGGCUUUAAAACUGAAGUUUCCUGGGUGCUCAAUCACCUCCUUGGGACAGGCAAGGCUUCUGCAGCCUGGGAAGUGGAGCAAACACAGCAGAAAGACAGCCAGGGCUAACACUUAAUGCUGAAACUACUGCUCUGAGGCACUCAGGGGUAAUAGUCCUGAGUCCUUCUGCUCUUCCAGUUCAAAGGUAGCAGAGGAGGACUGUCCUCAGAGGUGUCAGAAAAAGCAAGUAACUACAGCUCAGAGCAGCUCAGCUACUGAAGACACUGGUACAAGGGUCAGCAGUUCUCUCUCCUUAAGAGCCUGGUAGAAGAAACAGCCCUGACCAGGGGUUGCAAUGCUGGUACUCCUGUCAAAUGACCCGCUCUGGGCUGGGUGUCCCAGCUCCUACGACUCCAGUACCACCACGGAAGCGAUCUCUUACUUACCCAGCAAGCUGACUUUUACAAGCUUCAAAAAAACCCCAACAAACCCAAAAAAACAAUAAUGGAGCACAUCAGUGGUAAGCACAGUAGCUGGACCCAUCCGCCUAGGAGAUUUAAGGUAAGAAA